AUGGAGGAAGAUCGACCUUGGAUCCCUUCUAGUGACAACGAAGGUAGUGGUGCCGGCCGUGCUAGUCCGUUCAACAGAAGCUUCAAGGAUGAUAUCCAGAGAGGGACGGAUAGCAGUUUCCCCGCGCCGGCACCUGGCCACGACUCCGCGCAGUGGGACGGCGGGCUGUCAUCGUCGAUGCUCGCGUCUGGGCUUGGCGAGGAAAGCGGUCGCUCAUCCUCCGGGGACGGAGUCGGUGGUCAGCCGACUUUCGGCAACAACAGCAGACCUCUUGUGAGGGAGUCGCUGCCGGAGAAGGCCGGCGUGAGCGGAAGCUUUGCCGAGGUGGAUACCUCGGUGUUGGAACGGACAACGUACUCGGACGGGCGGUUAUCCUUACGCGAGCUUCGGUCGGCGGACAAAAGUCGCACUCACUACUCGGAUGAGCGUGCCAGGCCAAGACCAGACGACGCCGGCGAUCAAAGUAGUACAGCAAUAGCGGCGGCGGCAGAAGGCGGGGGCAAAAUGGCAGGCACCGGGACGCAAGUCUCCGAUCAGGAGGGGCUGUUCAACAAGGGGAGCAGUAGCGGGAGCACACACAGCGGUAGCUCAAGCCGCAGGCGAGCGAACGAUGUUAGUCUACCAAGUAGCCCGGGUGAAGCGCGACGAGAACGGGCAUUAGUAACCCCGGUUCUGACGCAUGACGCGGGAGAGAAGGAUGACGGGCGGGGGCCAGGAGCCCGGGGGGAGACGCCAGAAGUGGAUCUGCUGCGAUUGCGGGGCGAUAGGGAACCGUCCUUGCCGACAGCAGUCAGCCGAACCGCUUCUGCGGAGCCUUUGCUAUUGUUGUCGCCCCUGAUACGUUCCACGAGGUCGGCCUCGGUCGUAGAGAGCGGAGACGGUGCAUGGGAAAGCUUUCGGCGAAAACGCUCGGCGAGCGGCAGCAGAAGCAGCGGUGAUGCUCGGACGGCGGUGGCAGGGACGGAGGACGGGAUGGCGACGGCGGCGGCGGCGGCGGCGGAGUCCGGCCCUUUGUUCGAGCUACGGGAUGCGCUGAGGUCGAGGGAGGAAGACCUCCUCCGGCUCAAACGGGACGUUUCCGUCGUCGCCACAAGCGCAAGGGGUUUCCGGAACCUUUCCUCAUCUCUGGGGAGCGGCGAUGCACGAAGGAGCACGUCGUUCGCGUUCCGACGUAACCGCGGCCAUGGCAAGGAUGCAAGCGGUGCCAACACAUACGACAGCGACUUGCAAUCGCGCGACGGGAGCGCUUUUCUUGGUGGGGGUUCCGACGGAAACCGUGCAGGCGGUGCCAGCGUUGACAAGAUCAACGAAGAGGCGUUUCGACCCCACCGCACGGAGCACGGCGGGGCUGUCGGCGGUGUGUUGCUGCGGCGGCAACCCGCGGAUUCCGCUCUCCCCGGAACCGCGUUAUCCUUCCGUACCGCGGCCACCCCGGGACGACCAUCGGACGACGAGCUUGCCAGCUCGCGACGAUUGGUGCCGCCGCCGCCGCCGCGGCAGCAAGGUUCGACCGUCACCGUCUCUAAAGACAGCGCGAUUAUCGCGGCGAGCGGGUCGCCGCUGGUGGCCUCUGCUCACGAGGGGCUGCAGCGGAUGAGGGCGGUGCUGGAACAACGUGCCCUAGAGGUGGGACGUGCUCGCGAUGACUCAAAAGCGAUGGCCAACAGCCUGAGCGAUGUGUCCGCAAGGUUACGUCGCUCCGAGCGCAAGCGCAACGCUCAGGCAGCCGAGCUGGCCGAAGCGAGGGCCGAGGCAGACGCUGCAAAGGCCGAGCUCUCGCGGCACCGCGCCAGAGAAGCAGCGGCUGCAGCGGCAGCAGCACAGCGGGAGAAGAGCAAGGACAAGACGACGGAGAGAGAAAGAGCCGCCGCCGCCGCCGCCGCCGAUGACUCGCUCGCCGAAACGGUACAGCGACUGCGAGAGCGCGAGGCCGAGGUGUCCCGGCUGAGGGACAGACUGGAGACCGCCACUGGAGAGCUAUCGGAGGAGCAGGGCAGCAAUGCGUCCUUGCGAGCACGGCUGGAGGCGUCUGAUAAGGAAACUCGGCGCGCGCGGGAGAGAGCCGCGGCCGCGGAGGAGGAGGCCGGUGCCGCCACGGCCGCUCAAGCGGCUCAAGCGGCUCAAGCGGCGCAAGCGGCGCAAGCGGCGCAAGCGGCAGCGGAGCGUGCGCGUAGGGACGCGGAAGCCUCGGCGGAGCUGAGGGCGGCAGAGGAGGAGAGCCGUCGGCAGGCGGCGGCUUUGCGGGAGAGCCUGGAGGCCGAGCGGGAGAGCGCGGCACGCGUGGCCCUCGAGCUAGAGGUGGGGGCCACUGUUCGCGAGCGUACCGAAGCGGUGGAAAAGCUGGCGGAGGCGGAGGCCGAGGCCGGAAGGUUGCACUCGGUACGGCGCGAACGCGACUCGGCGGUAGCAGAGGUCGCAAACCUAACCGCAGCGCUGGUGCUGGCGCGCGAGGGGCAAGAGGCGGAGCGCGGCCGGUUCGACAGGGAAUCCAAGAGGGCGGCGGCUCUAGGGGAAGAGCUGGUUGCAAGCGAGGCCCGUCGGAAAGUCCAGGAGGAGGAGAUAUCGCUCGUGCGGAAGCAGGUGUCCCGACUGGACGCCAAGAUCGAGGGAGACAUGAGUCGGGUGAAAGCCAACUCGGACGCCACCGCUAGGGCGACCGCCGCGGGGGCCGAACGAGAGGCCAACUCCCUCCGCGCCAGCCUUCGCGAAGCCAAGGCCGAGCUUGCGGCGGCGAGGGAAGGGGCGCGACAAGCGGCUGAACACGCCGACGCCUCGCUCAAGGCCGAGCUUGCCGCCGCGAGGGAAGCGGCGGAAGCGGAGCUGGCGGCGUCGGAGGCGAGGGCGAAGGCUCAGGCCGAGAGGGCCGCUCGAGCCGCGCAGCUGGACAAAGACACCCUCAAGCGAGGCCUUGUGGCGUCACAAACAGCCUGCGCCGAGCUCCGCGCGGAGCGGUCGAGGCUGCUGUCCGAGCUCGAGCACGCGGCGACAUCAGCGGCGACGGCGGCUGCAGCGGCGGCGGCGUCGGUGGGCUCCACGUCUUCCUUCUCGAGCCCUACCGGCGGCGGCGAUGGUGAUGAUGGCGGGGCAGCGGCGGCAUCGGCGUUCGUGAGAGCGAGGAAGGACCUCGAGGGGCGGGUAGCCCUGGCCGUGGCAGAGGCGGCGGAAUCGCGCGCGGAGGCCCAGCGGCUUAGGCGCAAGCUUCAGGCUGUCAGCGAUCGCGAAGACGGGGGGACGCCGGCUGGCUUGGGAGUAGGCUUUAGCUCAAGAACGAAGAGGCGAAACGGUGGCGGCGGCGGCGGCGGGACGAGGGGUAAGGACGAUGACUACUUGUUUGGUCUCGAUGGGGAUCGGUCGCACCGUGAAGGCCUGCAGGAAGCUUUGCGAGAGUCGUGCGGCGUGAUGGAAAGGGUAGCGAACGCCUUGUCCGCGGCAGCGGCCGAUCGCAGGACGAGUCGUCGUCCUGGCUCUGACGGCGACAGCGAGCUUGACGACCCGCGGUGGGCCUUCGGUAGGCGAAGGAGGGGGGGCGACGCCAACGAACAACGCAGUUCGCUUGCGGCGGCUCCGGGCUCCAGGCGAAGACGCGGCAACAGGCGAAGGAGAGCGUUCUCGGCGGACAGUAACCGCAGCGGGGUUGGAGACGCCGAUCUCCGACAAGACGACUUCGGAGAUCGUGCGGAGAGUGGAGGAGAAGGCGACGAUUUGCGGCGUCUUGUGUCUCGGGCGAAGGUCCGUGAGGUCGCGGAACGUCUUCGUUUCGAGGCUGCCAGGCUCCUGAGUGCGCGUAAAGAGGAGCGGAAGGCGGCGGAGGAUACGGCGGCGAGCCUGCGGCGGGACCUGCGCGACUCGGAGAGUCGCGAGGCCGAGGUGACCGCCAGGCUCGAAGAGAGCAGGGAGUUGAGCCGAGAACAGACGGGGUUCGUGGAAGGCGUGUGGAAGGAGCGGCAUCGUCUAGAAGCCGAGCUUACCGCCCGCUGCGAGGAGGCCGAGCGUCUCCGGGCCAGCGAGGACGCCGCGCGCGCUGCGGCGACGGUGCUAGACGGGAAGGUGGCGGAUCUGUCGGCGGCGCUUAGGCAGGAGCAGGCGCGGGCAAAGCGGGAGGCCGAGGCUGCGGUGGCCGCGGAAGCGCGAGGCGCUAUGGAAGCUCUGCGGCAGCAGCUGGAUGAUCUCCGGAAGGAGGUGGAUAGGACGAAACAGGAACGUCGCAGCUGCGAUGUUGCCCCGCCGGGGGUGGUGGCGGUUGAGGGACCCGGUGGUGUUGGCAAUGGCAGAAGAGGGGAGGGCUUUUCGAAACCGAACGGUGCUGGCGAGAGCGGGAGGGGGGACUCCGCAGCAGCGGGAGUGGGUUCUCCCCCGUCCCCCCCCCGUACCGUGGCGGUGCUCGAGGGCGAGUUCCAGAGGCUGCGCGCCAAGUACGAGAAGGCUAAGGGCCGCAUCGUUACGCUGGAGGAGCUGGUGGCGGCUUCUCGACGCGUUAGCGCCCAGGCCCGAAGGGAGUUUAAGGGGGCUCUCGAGGCGCUCAAGUUGUCCCAGGAACUCCUUCUCAGGAUUCACAGGCAACGUCACAACAACGCCGUUGCGGACCCCAGCGACACCGCCACGCCCGCAACUCACCACGCUGCGGCACCAGCUCCGAAGCAUCACCACCAACCGGACGCCGCGACGCAAGAAAGCCACCCGGGAGCUACCGAGGAAACCCCCAGUGCUGCUCCGGCCGACUUGGCAGCAGCGGCCGGAGAGCGACCGACAUCGGCGGCGACGUCUUCGCUGUCGACGGACGCGCACGUCCACGAGCUGGCGGCCCAGGCGUCGAAGCUCCGCGGCAUGAGCGGCAACGUGAAGCGGUUGCUUCAGCUGGCCGCGGGCGAGGUCCAGGGGGCGCUCGAGGACACCAGGGAUUCUCUCGGGGUGGCCGGUGCGACCGCACCAACGGUCGGGACGCAAACGGCGGGAGGGCUUGAUGGUCCCACGCGCGAAGAGGUAGAGUGCCUCGAGCAGCAGGUUGUCAAAAUGAAGGCGGAGGCGCAAGCGCUGGAGGCGGAGAAGUCGCGGCUGAGCGACGAGCUCAGCGCAGCCGUUGGAGAGCUCACCAAGAUCCAGGGGCUCCUAAGGGAAAAGAUGUCUGAGGUAGCGCGGUUGUUUUGUCACAUCGAGUCGCGAUUUCGGUGCUUGAUGCUCCUGGCUGUGGCGCUCGAAGCGUACGUCGCCCGCUUGGAGACUGAACGUAACGAAGCGCGCGAAGCCGCGUCGGCCGCGGCGAAUGAUCGGCUGGCCGAGGCGGAAGCGGCGCUCUCCGACACGCAGGCUCGCCUGGAAGCCGCCCUGGCCACGCAGCGAGAGCUUCGCAGCCGGUGCGCCGAGCUCUCCCUAGCAUCGGGAGCCUUCGCUUCUGAGGUUGCCAAGCAGAAGGAAGAGCGCGCCAGGUCGCAGGAACGGGCUCGCCUUGCAACGGCGGAGCUCCGCGACCUGAGCGCCAAGUUUUCUCGGGCUUCGGAGACGGCCGCCGCCGAUGCCGCCGCCGAGCGGGAUCGCCUCGAGAGAGAGCUGGUGGCCACGAGGGCCGAGGCGCGGGACAUCGAUACCGACGUCGCGCAGGUGUUGGACGCCCUGGCGUCGUCGGAGAAGGAGAGGAGGCGCCUGGAGGCCGAGCUUGACCGGCAGACGAAGGCUGCGCGUGUGCAGCGGCAGCAGGGCGAGAGAGAGGCGCUCGGGGCGGAGUCGGGACGGAUGGAGAGGGAGACGGAACGGCGGGAGAAGGUAGAGAGGGAGUGCAAGGUCCUGGAGGCUAGGACGGGGGACUUGGAAGCGGCGCUUGCGUCGGAGCUGAAGAAGGCCGCGGAGACGGGGGCGAUACACGAGCGAGAGGUCGCCGGGCUGCGCGAGGAAGCCACGCGCCUUCGAGAGUCGCUCCAGGCUGAGAUGGAGCGGGAACGCGGGAAGUGGCAGGCGGAGCAGAAGGCCACGCGGGAGGAGAUUAUGCUGGCAAAGGAAGACGACAAGGCGUCGUCGAUAGCCGAGGCAACCGAGCGGGGCUACGAGAAGGGGAAGGAGGAGGAACAUCAGCGAACAGCCCGCUCCCGCGAGCGGGAACAGCGAGAUCUCGCAGCGCUCCGGAAGGAGUUGUCCGAGAGCACGGCGGCGUUUCGGGUGGAGGCGUCCCUGCGCGCCCGGGCGGCCGAGGAGUUGUCCUCGCUGAGGGUCAAGGUCGCACAGCUCGAGGCUGCUCUGGAGACAGCGACUGGCGCCAACCGCAGCUCGAUGUCAUACUUGAAAGCCGAGAUGCGGUCGGUCAUCACCAGCCUCGACCAGGACAAAGAGGGCCACGUGGAGAUCAGGCCGGGGGGGGGGGUUGUACGGCGAGCGACCGUCCACUACGAAAGCGCCAGAAGGCAGCCGGCGGAGGUAGGGCGCGAGGGCAGCGCCGGUGACGUCAAGAGACGGUGGUCGACCGACGUGGCACAGCGAGGAGAGGAGGCAGCGGCUGCCACGACUACCGCCGCCAUCGCCGCCGCCGCCACUGUUCCUCCGGCGCGUGCCGGCGUUGUAGACGAGGACGGGCACAGCUACACCAUCACCCCGCCCGGCGGCGUAUUCCCACCCCAAACGGCCCCACGGCGCCGGCCAAGCGGUGGCGCUCGUGGCGAGAAAAUUGCUGCUGCUGCUGCUGCUGCUGAGUCCAGUGCUGAACCUUUGAACCCUAAGGGUACGGAGCUACCGGCAGUAGCACGAGACACCGUUGACGGAAAACUUCCAGCCGUUGUUGCAGCUCCGCUUGCGGCGGAUUUUUCCGACGGCGGCGGGGGCGGCGGGGGCGGCGGCGGCCAAAUCGUCCAGGGACAAGACGAGAGUGGCCAAGACGACGACGACGACGACGAGUUGGACAGUGACAACAACAAUUCCUUUUCGUCCGUGCUUUCCGGCAUGUCGUCUACGACCCGUGCCUCCGGGGUGUCGAGCUGCUUGACGUCGUCGACGCUGCCGCUGCCGCAAGCAGCGCCGCGCAGGGAAAGCGUAGUCGUUCGCGGCGACUGGAAGGCUGGCCAGAGAGAGGCAUUCAGCCAGCUGGACCGACAAAAAUCCACCUUCUAAGUUGUUCGGGGGCGGGUUUUGAGUCGGGGACGCCUAGAUUGUUCCAGCGCUAUCGACCGGGAGCACUUUCGCGUGAAAACGUAGCAAGUAAAUAACUGUGUUGCCUGCGUUUGUAACUUCGAUACGUGUCUGGGACAGUUCUAUGUAAAUUUUGUAGCGCAUGGAAGCCUCCUAAACCUGUUGUAGCAGGACGAACGUGUUGUUUCGGUUUGCUCGGACGGCGCCAACUGAUCGACAAAAGUCCAAGUGUGGUUUGGUUAGGAAGUUUGGGCCGGCAACGUUUGCAUGCGAAGCCAUUCACCCGUAUGUAAGAGGUAGGUGUACCUGACAUGUUUUACGCGCUGAUGAUGCGAUGUUGUGUAUCAGCGAUGGUAUCUGUGCAUAAGAUAUUCCAUAGGCGAGUUACCGACGCCGUAAUUUCAAAGGUGUAACAUUGUGGUCGCAAUUGUGUCAUGCGCGCCGUGUGUGUUUUACUAAUGUCCAGUGUUUUGGCUCAGUAACAUAACGCAAGUUUACUAAUUUUCACCUAGAGAGAAGACCAUG